UAAAGUAUUUUAUGAUUUUUAAUUAAAUUACUUGCUAGUUUAAUUAAUUUAUUGUUGAUAGUUUAUUCCGUAGAAUAGAAUAAACUAGGUCUGGGGCGAGCGCGGUUCGCCCGGUGUAUGCUUUAAUAUGUAUGAUGUGAUGCAUGUGAUGCUUGUAUGUAUUAUUGCAUGGUGGAUGAUUGUGGCUUAGUUAUAUUUGUUGUAAUUUUAAAUACGGCCUGUGUGUCGUGCCUCAUCUCUAUACUCUGGAUGAAACGAUAUUCCUACUUUAACCACCGUCAAAACGUGGUUGAGUAAGAAUUUCUCUAUGAAGGACUUGGGAGAUGCCAGCUAUGCACUUGGCAUAAGGAUCUAUAGGGAUAGAUCACGGAAGCUGUUAGGUCUCAGUCAAAGUACAUACAUAGACAAGGUCCUCGCUAGAUUCAGCAUGUCUGAGUCGAAACGAGGAAGUUUGCCUAUGGUCCAAGGCACGAGUCUUUCCAAGACUCGGGGUGUUUCCACUCCGGAGGAAGUAGAACGCAUGAGAAAUGUUCCUUAUGCGUUGGCCAUUGGAUCCAUCAUGUAUGCGAUGGUAUGUACGAGACCUGAUGUCGCCUUUGCUCUGAGUGUCACGAGUAGAUACCAGUCCAACCCUGGCGAAAGCCAUUGGACGGCUGUGAAGAACAUCCUUAAGUACUUCCGUAGGACUAAGGAUGCCUUCCUGGUAUAUGGCGGAAAAGAAGAGCUUAGUAUUAUUGGAUAUACUGAUGUCAGCUUCCAAGCUGAUAGACACGACUUCAAGUCGCAGGCAGGGUUCUUCCUUGCUCAUUUGAUUAAGGCAGGGCUUUGGUUUAAGCAGAACAAAACUACAGGAAAAGAGAUUAUUGGUUUGGUUCUUUCUGAUAGCAAAACCACGGGUGAGACUAUUUCCAACAAUGAGGAGGCAGAUGCACAACUGGAUGUGAAAAGAACUGUUGGAAAGGACCUUGUGGCCCUAUCUGAAGCUAAAAAGCCAUGUUUAAUAGCACAAUCAAUAGGUGCAAAUCCUAUUUGUGUCCCAGCUACUAGUUCUUCAAUUCAGGACAUGGCCGCUAAACUACCACCCACCUCUUUUCAAAAGGAAGAAACCACCAGUGCUGAAAGUCUCUAUGCUAAGGAUCUGCCUUCAUCUUUUGAUCUCAAUAAAAAGAAUAGAUGUCAUGAGCAGCAGAAUUUGGAUCUGAAGAAUUUAACUGGGAUAAAAGAACGAACUCCCGAUUCUAAAGCUAGUGAUCUAUUUAGUUCAGCUAAGGGUGCAGUCAGGGCUUCGAGGACAAGUGAAUCAGAUCAGUGCAUAACCAAUGUAGCAAAAGACAAAGGUUUUGAACACCAAACUGGAAUUACAGAGACCUCUACUAUACAUCCUCGCACAAUUCCUAGUUGCGGUUCUCUAGUGACAAAUGAUCCAGCAGAUAACUCAGGCUUAGGAUCUGUUCACAAUCUGGUUCAAUGUAGUACUGGUGCACAUCGCUCUGCUUGUGACAAACAACCUAAGUCAAGAGCAUUGAGGUUACCUAUUCAGUCAAAGCCUCCUGGAGCCCUCAAUGUUCAGGCUCUUCCUUUCCGACCAGCUUUUCAAGGUUUAUACCAACCUAAACCCAUGGACCAGAGCAAUCAUGAUGGAUCAAAUUCACAGAAGGGUAAUAGGGAUGGUAAUGGUAAUGGUAUCCAGGUUAAACAAGGUAAAUCACUUAAGGAGUUGAAGGCAUUAUCAAUGCCAAAGGAGGAAGAUACAGUUAAGGAUACUCCACUAAGUAUUUUAGACUUGAAAUUGGCUUAUGAAUGCUCUAAGCCCAUCAGCCUCAUUGAUUUUCCCUUGGUGGUGAAUGGAAGAGAAGAGUCUCACUGCACGGAGGAGGGGAAAAUAGAGGAUAGUGAUGUACAGCCCGAAGAUGACAUUGAUAAUGACCUUGCUUUUGUGGAUGAGGAUGCAGUAUUCAUGGAAGGGACAGAAUGCAAGACCAGAAUUCGGGCCAUGCUUCUGUUUGGCUCUCGCUGCCUCCCGAGAGACUCUCUCGAGCUACACUACUAUCUCGUUAAGCUUGCGGGUGCUUAACAAACCGUUACAACUUGAGAGUUCGAGUUACACGAACCUCAACGAGUCCUUCAAAGGAAACAGCCCUUCCUUUGAAUCUACCGAGAGAAAUACUUUCUCUCAAAGUGUCUAAGAACACGAAUACACUCAAGAACGAGGCUCUCUUAUAGAGUAGAUUAUGAGUAAACUAAGUACGCUCAAGAACAACUCAACCUUCACACAAAAUGGCUCUCGAAAGCUAUGGAAAAUGAUGAUAUUUGAAUGCAAUGAAAGUAUGAAUGUUGUGAAGUGAAUUGGUCUGCAGCCCCUUUCAGAUUAAAGUAUUAACUUGGUAAUCGUAAAAAUUUAAAACAUUUCAAACACUUUUAUUUAUCACAAUAAUAUUUUUCAUAAUAUAAACAGUACGGAGUUUUCAAUAUUGCGGAAGCUUAACAAUCAUAAUCACAAACAUAAUUUAUUUAUGUUCUUUAAUUCAAAACCAUCACAUCCAUUCUGACAAUCUCGCCUCCGUCUGCCUCCAGGAUCACGUCACUUCAUUAACCUGCGUAUAGCAAAUAAAACAUACUACACGCU